UAUCUCCAAAAUAAUUUUUUAUUUUAUUUGUAUUACAAGAAAAAUUCAAGUAAUUCGCUUUUUAAUAAUCGAAUGUAGUAAAGUUUUGUUAUAAUUCUGCCUUAUCUCUUCCAAUAAGGCAGUGCCAAAAAUUUCCUACUGAUUUUAUUACUUCACCUGUAUAAAUCCACCAAGCGCGCAGAUGAAGAAGCAGAUUUUUGCAAUGAAAUUCACUUUAUUGUGAAGCUCGAAAUUGUAUAGAAUUUGCACAGAGUACCAUUGAAGGUUAAAGGGUUUGUAAUUUAAUUAUAUGCCAUAUUUGACGUAGUUGUGAUCAAUACUGGAAUAUAAUUUGUGCAAUUUGAGACAUCGCUACUUACUACCAAUUAUCGAGUGCUCGUAUUGGGGACUCCCACCAAAUGUUUCCACAACUAUUGCAGCCAAUUAAAUUUUGUUUCAUUAAAAAUGUACCCGAUAACUCACACAUUUUAAUUUCAAAAACUAAAUUUUCUUUGAAACAAAUUACAUUAAUAAGACAAUCAACAAUUAAUCCUCUUCAACUUCAACUAAAGCUGAAUUUCUGUGUAUAAAUACAAAGUUAUUAGCUACUUUGUCUCAAUGUGAGCUAACCAGCAGUCCAAGCAGCAAACGGGUCGAGACAACUGCAAUAAUGUUUCACAGGCGCAAUGUGAUGUGCAUUGUAGUAGUCACAUUGGCAGUUGGAAGUGUAAACGCAACCUUCAAGAAAAAUCCAUUCCUGCCGCCCGCGCCACAGCAACCAGUUUAUUAUCAGCCAGCGCCAGCACCAGUUUACUAUCCUGCGCCAGCUCCAGUUUAUCAUCCAGCGCCAGCUCCAGUUUAUCAUCCUGCGCCAGCUCCAGUUUAUCAUCCAGCGCCAGCUCCAGUUUAUCAUCCAGCACCUGCACCUCGCCCGCCGCCUCCACCACCACCACCGCACCCCCCACCACAGCAACCACCACAAAUCAUUAUUGUACCUGUACAAACGUAUCCAGCACAUCCACCUGCACGCCCACGACCACGUCCAGUGCAUCCCGCUCCACCUCCACCACGCCCAGUUCAUCCUGCUCCACAGCCAGUCUACGUUCAACCGGCUCCACAGCAACCUAAAGUUAUCCAGCCAACUUUGGUUAUACAACCAAUAGUCGUUAAACCGGUGCCUGUUGGAACUGGUGGCGGCGGUGGUGGAGGAUAUGGAAAAGGUGGCGGAGGAUGUCGCCCGUGCCAUGGUUAACACAAACCGAUAAGAACUUAGACUCAAGUUAUAUUCCAAAUAAAAUGAUCACAUAUGAAAAUUUGCAGAUAUUUAAAUUAUUUGUAUAUACAAUUAGUUGAAAUAUACCUACAAAC